UUGCAGCCGAAGCAUGUAUGUUGUGCGUUCAGUUCAAUUACUAAAAUAAAUGGCGUGAAUGACUUUCUUUAAUUAAUUAAACUAUAGUUAACAUAACCAAAGAUAUAAUCAAUUGAUCAGACGCUUAAGAAUCGUACAUUUCGGAACACUCGUAAUUAAAAUAAUUAACUACAUAAUUUAGAUGAGAAAUCAAAAUUAGUUUCAAACACAAUUUAGUGGACGGUAGAUCAUCAUUCAAAGCUUAAAGAUUUUCACGUGAUAACCGGGUCCAACUAGAAAUUCAACUAUACAAAAUCUCGUUAUGGCAACAUAUAAUAAAGCAUCUUACCGAAUAAAGAUAAAACAUAAGAAAAAUAUGAUGGAGAUAGGCAGUGCAAUUUUGGCACCGACGGGACUUUGACUAAACUACAAGAAAUAGAGAGAGAGACUUGGUCACGUAGGUGUUAAUUAGCAUGCAGAAAGAGAAAUAAUCGUCGUUGACCGUUGACCAAAACUUGGUCAUAUAUAUACAAAAUCUAAAACCGCCAACUAUUUCGCUAAUUCACAAGGUCCUUGCCUUCUCUGACGUAAACAACAAGCAGUACAUUAAUUAAAACGCAACCCUAUUUUUACUUCUUUUUUUAUAUGCAAGUCUCUAAGAAUCCGACCAAGCAAACAAAUCGAGAGAAGAAGAAACUCACCGAAGAUUAUACCAUGUCUAGGUCAGUGAUCAUGGCUCCGGAGUCUCCGGUUUACUUUCCAUCUCCACUUGUUUUUUCUCCGACGUCGGUCAAAACGCCACCGUCUUCUCCUCGUUGGACACCACCGAAGAAGAUUAUGAUAGCGUGUCCUCCAAGGAAGCCUAAAGAGACGACUUCGAGUUCUGAUUCUAACACGGCUUUGAAAAGAAAGAGACCACCGAUGCUUGACCUAAAGCUGCCUCCGGCGGUUGCACCGUGGUGUAGUACGACGGCGAAGACGCCGGGAAAAGCGGAUGAGGUUAUUGAAGCGGAAGAAGAUGGAGUUUACUCCGUUUACUGCAAGAGAGGAAGACGCGGACCAAUGGAAGAUAGAUAUGUCGCGGCGGUUGAUCCUGGCGAGAAAGUUCGCAAGAAGGCUUUCUUCGGCGUUUUCGACGGUCACGGCGGAUCCAAAGCGGCGGAGUUCGCGGCGAUGAAUCUCGGCAACAACAUUGAGGCGGCGAUGGAGGCAGCGAGAUCGGGAAAAGAAGGUUACUCGGUUGAGAGAGCGAUACGAGACGGUUACAUCAAAACGGACGAGGAUUUCUUGAAAGAAGGCUCGAGGGGCGGCGCGUGUUGUGUAACCGCUCUGAUAUCGGAAGGCGAACUUGCGGUUUCAAACGCCGGAGAUUGCCGGGCGGUUAUAAGCCGCGGUGGAGUUCCGGAGGCUCUAACUACCGAUCACAUUCCUUCUCAAGCAAAAGAGUUCAAAAGGAUUGAAGCAUUGGGUGGUUAUGUUGACUGCUGCAACGGCGUGUGGAGAAUUCAAGGAACAUUAGCCGUUUCACGAGGAAUUGGAGACCGGUAUCUCAAGGAGUGGGUAAUAGCUGAACCGGAAACAAUAACAUUACGGAUUAAACCGGAAUUUGAGUUCUUGAUCUUAGCAUCGGACGGCCUCUGGGAUAAGGUAACGAACCAGGAGGCUGUUGAUGUGGUUCGGCCGUACUGCGUAGGCGUGGAGAAUCCAAAGACACUUUCUGCUUGCAAGAAACUAGCCGAGUUAUCGUGUAAGAGAGGGUGUUUGGAUGAUAUUAGUCUAAUCAUAAUUCAGCUACAACAGUUUGUGCCAUGAUUCAUUAAUAUCUAGUAUUAAGUUAAACGUGAUUUAAGUCUUAUGUGACAAUUUUGUUCGGUGUUCACAUGUAAAUAUAAGUUUCAAACACAAUUAGUUGAUAUUUUCGUAUUUGGUGAUAUCAAGAUUUAUGUGUCUUUAGCUUA